CACACAGGGCAUUUUUUCAGGCUGCGCCGCAACACAAGCGAACGCACCUCGGGCAACUCGGGACGUACAAGGACUUUAUUUUUUUAUUAUUAUCACACCAACAUGGACCUGCAUCGGACCAGUGUUUUCAACCAAAUGGAUUAUGCUCGGGACUCUAAUAAAGAGGGGAAAGCGUCCCAGCAGACGGAGGAGCGGCUCGACAGCGGUCUGGACUCCCUGAAGGAGGAGGAGUACCAGGCGGUGGCCGCCGAGAUCCGCGGACUCUCGCUGCAGAGCGAGGAGACGCAGCUGAUUCCCCCCGCGGGGACGCGCACCCCGCCGCAGGAGUGGCAGACGCAGAUCACGGAGGACGGAGACACGCUGCUCCAUUUGGCCAUCAUCCACGAGGCUCGAGACUACAUCAAACGAAUGAUCGACCUGUCUAAGAACACAGACUUCCUCAACACGCACAACGACCUGAGACAGACUCCACUCCACUUAGCUGUAAUAAUCAACCAGCCAGACGUAUGUGACAGCCUCCUCGUGGCCGGCUGUGACCCCACGCUGGUGGACAACAGUGGGGAUACACCCCUGCACAUCGCCUGUCGCCAUGGAAACCUGCAUUGCUUCAGCGUCAUCACACAGAACUGCCGCCCGGAGCAUCUACACACGAUGAUGGCUGCAUGCAACUAUAAUGGUCAAAACUGUCUUCACCUGGCUUCAGUCAAUGGUUUCCUCUCGCUGGUGGAGAACAUGGUGGAUCUUGGAGCUGACGUUAAUGCAAAGGAGCAGCACAACGGUCGCAGUGCGCUGCAUCUCGCCGUGGACCAGCAGAACCUUUCCCUGGUGAAAGUGCUGUUGAAGAAAGGAGCGGAUCCCAACCAGCUGACCUCCGGGGGCCACACCCCCUACCACCUCACCUACGGCUUAGACAACUGCGAAAUCAGGAAAGAACUUUACCCGCUAACCCAUCCCGACCUGAGGGAGCUGACUGAAAGCGAUUCGGAUAGUAGUGAGGAAGAGGAGGAUGACGUCGAGUCUGAGGAGGAUGAGGUGGGUUACGAUGACAUCCAGUGGAAUGGACAUUAGCAGGAAAACGAGAGCGAGGAGGUUACAGAGGCAUGAGCCGCGGCGGCCAUGACGGACGAGAACUGGCUCCAGUACGUGUAUGAUUUCUGCAGUGUCAUGCUAGACGGAUGACGGUGCGGGUGAUGCGGCGAGAGCGCGAGUGCUACUGAAACGAGACGGACAAGCAGCUGCGACGACGGAUCAGAGACUGCAGGAGAGCGGACACGCGUCCCACGUCACGACGGGGACGGCUGCGGACGAGGAUCGCUUGGGUUCUGUGGACACUGUCAAAGAGAGAGGAAGAUAAAGCCCUCAUCCCUGUGGAUGUACCUGUAACAGCUCUGUUGUAUGAUACUGUAAAUGCUGUGUAUACAAAGAUGUAUUUUUUAUGGAAGCUGUGAAUGUGUACAGUUGAGCAGGUUGUAUAUGUGAGACAGCAAACAGUUCCAGCGCACUCCAGUUAAAUUAAAACACUCAUAUUUAACAGUUAAA